AAAAAUGACAGAUAUAUAUGAUGCCAUGUGUCCUUUGUGAGGCUUCGCAUUCUCAUUCACGCAUGAGGCGAACCUCGUAUCCUGGUGACUGGUCAGGCAGAGCCCAUAAUUCUCAAUGCCUUAAAAACUCAUGUUGAUUCCAUCGUCUUUGUAUACUACAGUGUGACUUCAGUUUGGGCAGCUGUCUUCUAUCAAUCCGGGACUACAGUCAUCUGAAGAAGCAGAAGCUUUCCCACCCCUUUCCCUCGCUCUCUCUUUCUCUCGCUCUCUUUAUCUCCCCCUCCCUCUCCCUUUCUCCCUCGUUCUCCUCCCUCUCUCCAGAGACAUCUGGCUUUUGAGCAACCACAGUCUUCUUACCUGCUGACCUUCCAUCCCACACGCAGAGGGAGAGAGAGAGAGAGAGAAGAGAAAGGUAAGAGGAAUGGACUCUUGUCAUUUCCUGAAGGGUUCCUGCUCGGUUGUCCCUAGUACAGUUAUGUUUCCCCUCCGUGUCCCCAUCUUUGCCGUGCUGGUCAGCCUGACCGUGGGUCAGUACGAUGACUACGACUACCAGCCGGCCUCCCAGUACGGCCCGUCCAGCGCCAACUGUGCCCAGGAAUGCGAGUGCCCCAUCAACUUCCCCACUGCCAUGUACUGUGACUCCCGCAACCUUAAGUUUGUGCCCAUUGUGCCCUCAGGCAUCAAGUACCUGUACCUGCAGAACAACCUGAUCGAGGAGAUCAAGGCUGGGGUCUUUGACAACGUCACGGCUGAACUCCGUUGGCUGGUCCUGGACCAUAACCAGAUCACCAAUGAGAAGGUGGCCAAGGGAACCAUCGACAAGCUGACCGGACUUCAUAAGAUCUUGUUCAGCUUCAACAAACUGACGGAAGCUGUGAUCCCUCCCUCCAAGUCAUUGGACGAGCUGAAGAUGAUGAACAACCAGCUGUCCAAGUUCCCCGCAGGGAGUCUGGCCGGCAUGCAGAACCUGACCUCGGUCCACCUCCAGAACAACGAGCUGACCUCUAAAGCUCUUAACGGGGUCUUCAAGGGCCUCAACAAGCUGGUGGCCAUAGACUUGACCAACAACAAGCUGAAGAAGCUGCCCUCAGGCAUGCCCAGUUCACUGGAGACUUUCUAUGGCGAUCACAAUGACAUCAGCAGCAUCGCCGCCGGGGACCUCAAAGAGCUGCCCAAGCUGGCGUACCUGAGGUUGGCCUACAAUCAGAUGACGGACGCAGGGAUUCCGGCGGGCGUGUUCAACGUGACGAGCCUGAUCGAGCUAGAUCUGUCCUACAACAAGCUGCAGUCCAUCCCUGAGAUCAACGAACAGCUGGAGCAUCUCUAUCUGCAGGUCAACGAAAUCAACAAGUUCAACCUGGAAAAUAUUUGCAAGUUCUCUGGCCCUCUGAACUACUCCAGACUGAAGCACCUGCGUCUGGAUGGGAACAACCUCACACAUGCCGACCUACCCCAUGACUCCUCCAACUGCCUGCGCCAGGCCUCUGACAUCAUCUUCGACUAAGGACCCUCCCCUCAUCCGCAAGUCUCCCUCUGUGACCCUCCCCGGGCACCACGACCUACCCUAAACUAAUCCUUCAAACCCCGAUAUACACAAUGUGGCUAUAUUUCAAUAUCUACAAUAGCAUACUACUCAGAGUAUCUGCCCAAUAUGUUUCUUUAUUCUAAGUGGAAUGCUAGUGUGGAUAAUGAACCCGAGCAACAGUGUUUGCAACAACCCUAAAUAUGCAUCCUUCCCCCUACCGGCGAAAUCGAGGUCACCUCUGUCAACUCAUCGGUAGUCCUUUCAUAUUACCCAUAACAAAGGUAUUCUCAUGACAACCAUAGGGUAUUUUGGCCGUAGCAAAUGGCUGGCCCUGUACCAAUAGUUUUACCCAAAUUUGCGGCAAAUCAAACAAUUGGUCACAAUAUAUUGUAACAGUGCCUCGUAAAAAGCACUUGAACUGUACUUGUCUGUACUUGUUUCAAACAACAGGUGCCUUUUCUUGUGCAAAAGAGACAAUAUAGGAACAUAGUGAUUCCUGAAUGAAGUGCUUUAAUGAAAAAGCAGCUCACACACUUCAAACAUUCCAAAAGUAGUGGCACAUGUUGUUUUCAGACAAGUACAUUGAGGAAUAUGGGAAUAAAUCUCGCUUGCAAAUAAAUGCAUUGUCCAAUCCUCUAUUGUAUGUUUGUCAUGAUGUUUUUUAAAGGUUUCUUGUAUUUAGUCAGUACACUCCCAGAAUCAUAUUGCUGUGCAAAAGACCUGCAGGUAAGGAAUACAAGUAUCUAAGAGAGCUGUGUUGUGUACUCUGGUGUAAUGUCUACUGGGGAAUGUUGAACAGUGGAACACUUUUGGAACCAAAUUAAAACUCAUAUGUCAUGCCAAAAGCUAUGGCAUAUUACCCAUCUUUCUGUAUGAAUGAUGGGGGGAAAGUUUUAAAAAAAAAACACGUUUUUAAUAAUCCUUAUCGACAAGAUUAAAAGGCUUGACACUGAAUAGCUCUGUUGAAGUAAUUUACUGUUUUUUUAAUUAGUUAUUAUGCAGUUAAAUAAGAGUCAAUCGCCCAUUCAUUGCAGAUCACCGUUGUUAUGCCGACAUUUAUACAACAUUUGCAUUGCUUGCAUGCAUCUCAUGGUAACUCUGUAUGAUAAUAAAAGCUAGCAUUUGAAGUUUUUGUCCAUUCAUGGUUACCUUGUUUGCCAUGUUUGAUGUGUGCUUUUGCCCGUAUAGCUUUAUCAGAAUAACAACAAUUUGUUGUGACGCUAACUUUAUCUUGCUCUGUUGUGGCAAUGUUGGUGGAAUGUCAUGUGCUAUUUGGGCAGAGUAUAUCCAGAUUUAUUUUCAUUAUGGCUUUUGACUCAGUAAUCGCUGGUGAAUUUACUGUGAGGACAUAAAAUACAUUUGAAUAAACUACAUUUCCAAUA